AUGAGAUGGAAGCACCAUGCAUUGUGGGACGCAGUGUACGCGGACGACUACCCGCGGGUCCAACGACUCCUGGAGACACCGUCAGGAGCAGAGAGCGUGAAUGUACCGCACGGGGUGUGGAGCAACACAGCCGUGCAUGUGGCAGUGCAACGCGGGAAUCGAAGGAUUCUCAACAUCCUUGUCGUGUUCAAAGGCGACGUCAAUGCAAUCAACAUCAACGGCACCACGCCGCUGCAUAUCGCCGUCGAGACGCGGAAUCACGACCUUGUUCAGUACCUCCUGGAAUGCGAUGCCAAACCAAACAAACGUAAUUUCACGCGAAAGUCGCCGCUCGAGUUGGCGAGGGUCAUGAUGGACAAGGACAUGGCCAAGAUGCUGCAGGAAAAGCAUAACUUAGACAUGGGGCGCAGGUCAUCGACCGCCGACUUGGCGGCAAUGUCCUGA